AUGUUACCAAAAAUGUUAGAUGCUUCCUUCUUGUAUGGAGAGAAGAGAUUCUUAAAGAAACUGAAUAGACAAUAAGAUGAAAAUAAUGAGAUUAAUUAAAACCAAGAAAUGACAUUUGAGGAAGUUUUAUCUUCAAAUAUAGAUUGCAGAGAUAAGAUAGAGAAGUUAGUUUCUGAUCCCAAUUUAUAGAAUGAUUUCCUUAUUAAAGCACACAAUAUAAACAAAGAUUUAAAAGAGUUCUAUUAUUUGCCUUUGGUUGCAUUAACUUUAGAUCCUCCAAGUUAUUAUCCAGUGGAUACAAUUGAUAUUGAAACAAUCUUUUAGCAUUUCGGAUAAAUACUUAAAGUCAUCAAUAAGGAUAAAAUAGCCUAUAUAUUAAUGAGGAGUAUUGUUGAAUGUUGGAUUGCAGUCAAACUACUGAAUAACACUCCAAUUGAAUUGCCUGGUAGAUUUGGAACCAAUCAGAUCCAUACUCUUAAAGUGCAACUGUGUUUUGAGGAUUCCUCAGUUCAUCACAUCUAUUAAUUCAAUCAUAGAAGUCUGACCGAAGAAGGAUUGACUAUACAGAAGACUCCAGAUUUAUUCGAUAAUUUGGAAAAAGACUAUAAAUAUAUAUCAAUCUUUGAAAUUGAUGUAGAUGCGUUUUAGAAAGACUUCAAUAUCAAGUAAAGAAUAUUGGGAUUGAAGGGUUCGAAUAUAAUCAGAAUAUUGUAUUUAGUGGAGAAAGCAUUUGCAUUUUAAAGUAAGGAGAAUACAAGUUCUAAAUAAGAGUUGGAUGUAAAACUAUUGGUUGAUGAAUAAUCUGAAAACUAGUUGAUUUUGCUUGGCAACUAAUGGAAUAAAUUUGUAUUAGCAUAAAAGUAUGCAAAUGAAUUGUUUGCUUAAAUUAAGGAGGAAUUCAAAUUUUUCUAAGAUUUCCAACUCCAAGGAUUAAAAGAGUCCAGAGUUAGAAGAAUUGAUAAAUUUGUUCAACCUGUGGAGGUUUAAUAUUCAUAUGAUGCAGACUUGUGAAUAAUUUUGAGUAUUCUAUAUUAAUAUAGCAUUAUUAUAUAUUU